CCAAUGCUUACAAAGACAUGCCAGUUGGGCAGGAGGAUGGUGGGGUCUCAGAGGCAGGGGAGUGCCUCUCCUCUACUUCCUGUCAUGUACAACAUCCCUGAGGCAAAUCAAUAAAAUUAUAGAGCAACUUAGCCCUCAAGCUGCCAGCAGCAGAGACAUCAACAGGAAACUAGAUUCUGUGAAGCGACAGAAGUAUAACAAGGUGACGCUAAGUAACCUACUGAGCGCGGCAGUACAUUUAAGGACCAUUUAAAUGCUUAGGAAGGAUUCCGGAGGGUACAUAUGCUAUGGGUAAUAACAGUAUAAUAGAAACAUAUUUUUUAAAAAGAUUGAUUCUUAUUUUAAGUGUAUGAGUGUUUUGUCAGUAUGUGUACCAUGUGUGUGCCUGGUGUAUACAGAGGCCAGAAGAGGGCACUAGAUCCCUUGUAACUGAUGUUACAGAUAGUUGUCAGCCACCAUGUGGGUACUGGGAACUGAACCCAGGACGUCUGUAAGAGUAGUUAUUGCUCUUAACCUCUGAGCUACCUCUCUAGCCCCACAGUAGAACCACUUGGGUGCCUUUCUGCUUGUUCUGCUACACAGUAUUUUUGCUAACCCAUAUGUACAGACACAUCCAUAUAUAUAUGUGGAUGCACACAUCCAUCCAUCCAUACUCAGGAGUAGUUCUUGUGGUUUUGUGCUCUUUCAUGGACAGGGAAUGUCAGCAUUAACUCUUCCAUUUCAGCCUCUGCUUGGGCCAGAGCUCUCUCUCUGUCUAUUUUGUCUGAACUUAGCUAUCCUGUUUGGGUCUGGCUUACCAAGUGUCUUCUCCUCAUUUCCUGCAGAUACAGCCAUUACCACUCACACAGCUGUACGGGGCUGCAUAGAGGCAGAGAACUUGGGGGUGGGAAGGGACUAUUGCCUCUGAUAUUGCUUUUCUGAGGCUUUUAAGAAUAAGAUUUAUAUAAAAAAAUAGGACUUAUAUACAGCUUUGUGAAGGCUGAAACAUUUUUGGGGUUUGAAUAACAACCACUGUGUGGGAAUUGAUGGCGGUAGCUGGGGAUGACUAACUAGCGUUGAUGGUUCUGGCCCCGAGCCCGCAGGUGUCUCUGUUUAUGGCUGACGGAAUGCAGCCUGUGGCAUACUUGUCCUGUGAGUUCCACUUGAGGGCAGUGUGUAGACUCUGUAGUGUAGCCUUUCUUUAUUAUCUCACUGAGCUCUUCAUUUCUACAGUAGCAACCCAAAUGUCCAAGCUGGCAGUACUUCAGUGUAGAUGGAGCCUUCAUAAGUCAGGAAGGACAUUGGGCUUCUUGUGGGCUGGAAUUUUAAGGUGGAGAGAACCAGCUGUUAGGUGACUGGGUCGUGGUCUGACCUAAUUAUAUUCUGUGUUUAGGAUUUUCAAAGGGAAAGUGCUUUGAGCAGGAUACAGGAAGCCUGAGAAAACAAGUUGCAAGUCAUGGUAGCAUACUGUUUGUGUUUGCCUUUGUCCCUCACCUGAUGCUAGAGAUCAAACCCAGGGCCUGUGUGUACUAGGCAAGAACUCUUUUCUGCAUGAAGACAGUUGAAGCACUUAAGGCUUAAUUGAAGCUUUAGGAAGGCCACAUACCUGAGUUCUCAUAAUGUCAAGGGAGACAGAAAGGAGUCUGAGGUACAUGGGAAGAAGCCUUAGCAUAGUGUCUUUCAAAGCUUUGAUGGGGUUGAGUACGCCAAAGGCUGCCAUUCAUGGCCAGGCCUCCAGAGGCCUGACCUUUUGGAUUUUUAUUUCUUGUCACUCUGGGCUGCUGCCUGCUGUAGCUGGUUGGUUUCCUAGGUCAGAAACAGAGUUUAAUGAUGUAUGCAGAAUGUAUAGAGGGAACUCAGAGAACAUAUCCACCUCCCAAGUUAGUGCAUGUGAGCUCAGGGUUCUGUCCUGAGGGCGAGGGCGAGGGCGAGGGCUGCCUGUGGGUGUGGCUGGCUGGCUGGGCCGGAAUACUCCGUGCUGCAGGAAAGUGGGAACUGUUCAGCUGGUGCUCAGUAGUGAUGUUACCAUGUGGGGUUUUUGUUUACUCUUGAUUAAAGUUUAAAAUUGUGUGGUGCAGUCUUCGUUUUAACAAUAAAUCACUGUAUUAUAUAUCUUGUAUUCGGGGUUUACAACUUAAGGAACAACAGCUAAAGAAGAUAACUGCAAAACAGAAACGUCUCCAGGCCAUUCUCGGAGGGGCCGGGGUCCAAGUGGAACUGGAUCAUGCCAGCCUAGAGGAGGACGAUGCAGAGCCAGGGCCAUCAUGUCUUGGCAGUAUGCUCAUGCCUGCCCAGGAGACCGCCUGGGAGGAGCUUAUCCGCACUGGCCAGAUGACACCGUUUGGUACCCCAGCCCCUCAGAAACAGGAGAAAAAGCCCAGAAAAAUAAUGCUGAAUGAAGCAUCAGGCUUUGAAAAAUAUUUGGCAGAGCAAGCACAACUUUCGUUUGAAAGGAAGAAACAAGCUGCUACUAAAAGAACAGCUAAAAAAGCUGUAGUCAUAUCCGAGUCAAGCCGAGCAGCAAAUGAAACCAAGGCAGACCAGAGAAGCCAGGUGCUCUCUCAGACAGACAAGCGCCUGAAGAAGCACAGCAGGAAGCUCCAGAGGAGGGCGCUGCAGUUCCAGGGCAGAGUGGGAUUGCCGAGCGGGAAGAAACCUUUGGAGCCCGAGGUGAGGCCAGAGGCCGAGGGAGACACUGAGGGUGAGGAGUCUGGGUCCUCUCCCACUGAUGGGGAGGAGGAGGAAGAACAAGAGGAGGAGGAAGCGGUAGCCAGCCUGUCUUCUGAUGACGUUAGCUAUGAGUUGAAGCCUCUUCGGAAGAGGCAGAAAUACCAGAAGAAAGUCCCGGUUCAGGAGUUCGACGAUGACUUCAUUCCAAGCUCUGAGGAGGAAGAUGAAGCUAUGGAAGGAAGAGGAGGAGGCCGAAAGGUAGCCAGGCGCCAAGACGAUGGAGAUGAGGAUUAUUAUAAGCAGCGGUUAAGGAGGUGGAACAGGCUGAGGCUGCAGGACAAAGAGAAACGCCUGAAGCUUGAAGAUGAUUCUGAGGAGAGUGAUGCCGAAUUUGACGAAGGUUUCAAAGUGCCGGGUUUUCUGUUCAAAAAGCUCUUUAAGUAUCAGCAGACAGGUGUUAGGUGGCUGUGGGAAUUGCACUGCCAGCAGGCAGGAGGAAUUCUGGGAGACGAAAUGGGAUUGGGCAAGACCAUCCAGAUAAUUGCCUUCUUGGCAGGUCUGAGCUACAGCAAGAUCAGGACUCGCGGUUCAAAUUACAGGUUCGAGGGACUAGGCCCCACUAUAAUUGUCUGCCCAACGACAGUGAUGCAUCAGUGGGUGAAGGAAUUCCACACGUGGUGGCCUCCAUUCAGAGUGGCAGUUCUGCAUGAAACAGGUUCCUAUGCCCACAAAAAGGAGAGGCUGAUUCGAGAUAUUGUUUAUUGCCAUGGAGUUUUGAUAACUUCGUAUUCAUACAUCCGACUGAUGCAAGAUGACAUUAGCAGACAUGACUGGCACUAUGUCAUCUUAGAUGAAGGACACAAAAUUCGAAAUCCAAACGCUGCAGUCACCCUUGCUUGCAAACAGUUCCGGACACCUCAUCGGAUUAUCUUGUCCGGCUCACCGAUGCAGAAUAACCUCCGAGAGCUGUGGUCACUCUUCGACUUCAUCUUCCCAGGAAAGCUGGGCACAUUGCCUGUGUUUAUGGAGCAGUUCUCUGUCCCCAUCACCAUGGGAGGCUAUUCCAAUGCUUCCCCAGUUCAGGUUAAAACUGCGUAUAAGUGUGCAUGUGUCUUAAGAGACACGAUAAACCCGUACUUACUGCGGAGAAUGAAAUCAGAUGUCAAGAUGAGCCUUUCGUUGCCAGAUAAGAAUGAGCAGGUCUUAUUUUGCCGUCUAACUGAUGAGCAGCAUAAAGUCUACCAGAAUUUCAUUGAUUCCAAAGCGGUCUACAGGAUUCUCAAUGGAGAAAAUCAGAUUUUCUCUGGACUUGUAGCUCUGAGGAAGAUCUGCAACCACCCCGACCUCUUCUCUGGCGGUCCCAAGAGUGUCAGCGGCCUUCCAGAGGGUGAACUAGAAGAAGAGCAGUUUGGACACUGGAGACGCUCUGGGAAAAUGAUUGUUGUUGAGUCUUUGCUGAAAAUAUGGCACAGGCAGGGUCAGCGGGUGCUGCUGUUUUCCCAGUCCAGGCAGAUGCUACACAUACUGGAAGUGUUCCUGAGAGCCCAUAAGUAUUCCUAUCUCAAGAUGGAUGGAACCACCACCAUAGCAUCAAGACAGCCGCUGAUUACAAAAUACAAUGAGGACACGUCCAUCUUUGUCUUUCUUCUGACCACACGGGUGGGUGGCUUAGGAGUGAACCUGACCGGUGCCAACAGAGUCAUCAUCUACGACCCAGACUGGAAUCCAAGCACCGACACUCAGGCCCGGGAGCGAGCAUGGAGGAUAGGUCAGAAGAAGCAGGUGACUGUCUACAGGCUUUUGACGGCUGGGACCAUUGAGGAAAAGAUCUACCACCGACAAAUCUUCAAGCAAUUUUUGACAAACAGAGUGCUAAAAGACCCAAAACAAAGGCGCUUUUUCAAAUCCAACGAUCUCUAUGAGCUGUUCACUCUGACCAGUCCCGACGCCUCCCAGGGCACUGAGACAAGUGCUAUUUUUGCAGGAACUGGCUCCAGUAUUCAGACACCCAAAUGCCAUUUAAAAAAAAAGACUUCGCCAGGCCUGAGAACAGAUCCCAAAUGCAAGAAGGCCCCUGCUUCUAACAUACCUGCAAAUGCUGCCACCCUGAUUGGAGAAAAACCUAAGGCGGCGGGAGCUACAGGACGAAGUGUCACUUCUGGAGAAAGUGGUCCUUUCAAAGGCGACCAUGACACAAAUGGGAACAGAGCUAGCAGUGUUGCUUUUGGAGAAGAGACAGAUGCAGGGUCCACACUGGAGCAUCUCUCAGUGAUGAGUGGAGAUGGGAAGCAUUCAGACUCUCCAACAGUUAACCACACAUCCAGGCCACCAGUGGAGGCGAGCACCAGUGAGAAGCAGGGUUCUUCCUAUGAAGGGGAGUGCUGCCAGGCUCAGACAGAACCCGUUCGCAUGAGUGAACAAAUGGAAGGUCAGUUUUGUAAGUACAAAUCCAAAAGGAAACAUGAUGCGUCUGAGGAAGAGACCACGGAGAAAUGUCCACAGCCCAAGCGAAAGGCCAAGAACUCCAAGCACUGCAGAGAUGCUAAGUUUGAGGGAACGCGAGUCCCGCACCUGGUGAAGAAAAGGCGGUACCGCCAGCAAACCAGUGAGCAGGAGGGCGGAGCCAAGGACCGGAGCAGCGAUGAUUAUGUGUUGGAAAAGCUUUUCAAAAAAUCAGUGGGCGUCCACAGCGUCGUGAAGCAUGAUGCCAUCAUAGAUGGGUCCAGUCCAGAUUAUGUGCUGGUGGAAGCAGAAGCCAACCGAGUGGCUCAGGACGCCUUGAAAGCUCUGAGGCUUUCUCGUCAGCAAUGCCUGGGGGCAGCGUCUGGUGUUCCCACCUGGACUGGCCACAGGGGGAUUUCUGGUGCACCAACAGGAGUAAAGAAUAGGUUCGGUCAGAAAAGGAACUCCAGCCUCCCUGUGCAGCGUCCUUCAUCACUAACAGAAAAGACUCAGAACAACAUGAAAAAGGAGGGGAAAGCUUACACCCCUGAGCACUUCAGUGGCAAAGAAGAUGGAGCAUCCUUGUCUGGAGCGCCCAGUUCCUCCUCCCUCUUGGCCAGAAUGCGAGCAAGAAACCACAUGAUUUUGCCGGAGCGCUUAGAGAGUGACAGUGAGCAUCUCGCUGAGGCUGCCGCCGUGCCUCCCUGCGGCACAGAACAUGACGACCUUCUGGUGGACAUGAGGAACUUCAUUGCUUUCCAGGCCCAGGUGGAUGGCCAGGCCAGCACUCAGGAAAUCCUGCAGGAGUUUGAGUCCAAGCUGUCCGUGGCGCAGUCCUGUGUCUUCCGAGAACUGCUGAGAAAUCUGUGCAAUUUCCACAGAACUCCUGGUGGUGAAGGGAUUUGGAAGCUGAAGCCAGAGUACUGCUAACAGCGAUGCUCCCUAAACUCUUUCAAAUGGAAAGCUCGGCUCACCGAGCCUGUGAUUAGUGUUCGUGGUGUGUGUGUGUGUGUGUGUGUGUGUGUGUGUGUGUGCGCGCGCGCGCACGCACGUGAAUGACUGCACUUGGUGUUUACUAUGUCAUCUACCUCAAGACUAAAACUUGAAGAAGAAAAUAAUUGGAGGGUUUUUGUUUUGUUUGUUUUGGUGGCACUGUGAAUUAAGUUAUAAAACCAGGGACCUAACAGUUGUUUAAUGGAGCAAAUACGUUACUUAACCCAAAAGAUGUUGUCAGGGAGCACACUGUAUUUAAGAACACAUCUCGGUUCUUCGUAUGGUGCUGGGCAUAUGUCUUCUCUUUAUCCACCCCAUCUCAUAAGUUACUUCACAGUAUCCGAUAAUCUUAGUACCUUGAUACAGCAUGACCCACUGGUUACAUACAGAAAGACACUUGCUAUCUGUCAAAUCAUUAAUUACAUAUAAAUAAUUCUUCAUAGUACUUUUAGAUUAGCAGGCUUGGGUUUUGUUGUUUGUUUGUUUUAAAUGUUGCUGAAGACAGACUCUGGUGCCUUGCACAUGCUCAGUGUGUGCUUUACCACCAAGUUCCUUCCCAGUUCAUACAUAUGUGUCAAAGUAGGAAGUCUGGUUUUUCUUCACUGUCAUCAUUAUCUAAAGAUGGCGGAUGGGGUUUGUUUAAAUAGGUCAGUCAGUUCUAAACUUUAGUACUUGGCUUAGAAGGAAGUCACAACACCCGUUCGUUUAUUUAUUUUUUGUUCCAGUGAUCAGCCUACAGGAAAUGCUAUUGCCCUUGUCCUCAGGCUGACUACCAACCUGACUCACUAACAUGAAACAUUUGUGCUGUGCCUGUGAUGUCUAAGAUCGAAGUUAUACUGAGCUAGAGAAUCUUGUAUAGACACUUUUUGUUUGUUUGUUUGUUUGGAGACAGGGUUUCUCUGUAUAGCCCAGGCUGUCCUGGAAUUCACUUUGUAGACCAGGCUGGCCUCAAACACAGAAAUCUGCCUGCCUCUGCCUCUGCUGGGACUAAAGGCGUGCGCCACCACGCCUGGCUGUAUAGACACUCUUAACUGUCGAAAGUUACCUACCACGCAGUCAGGAAGGGAUACGAGUUCCACCUCUGUCACUGACCUGCCCAGCCUGGGAAGGUUGCAUCUGUAAACAUGGUUCUCCAGCCUAGCUGGGAGAAGCUUAGAGAGCAGCGCUCUAGGUUAGAGUACGUUGUAACAGUAGACACCUUUAUACAUUGAGCUGCAAUCUGAUUUCUUUGAACAUUAAAUACUUUGUGCGGUAUAAAUAGAUUUAAUGUAUUAAACAUAUUAAAUAAUUACAAAUAAAAGAUUUAAAAAUACUGGCUUUUCCUGUAUUGUCACUGUUAGAAAUCCUUCAAGCACUCCUGCCUCCCCAGCCUGUGCAUUCCAGAGCUCUGUGCAGUUGCCCAGGCAUUGGCAUGGCUCCUGGCAUGGGUUACUCCUUCUCCUCUGUGUUUUCCCUGGACCCACGGCUGCCCAGCUGAAAAUUGUUUCUCAACCUCCCUGCAGGUGUGGCCCCAUGACAGUUCCAGGCAG